AUGUCGGCGGUCGGGGGUCGGGGGUCGGGGGUCGGGGGUCGGGGGUCGGGGGUGAUGCUGGUCAGCCAGAAAGCCCAGCAGACGACGUCGCAGAGGCCGGCAGCAGAUUCGGCCUUGACUCUGGGCUUGGACUUGGAUUUGAGAACUGGUCUUGGUCUUGCUUGGUCCCGGGUGUGGGUUGACGCAGGUGGCAGCAGUGGCAGCAGUGACAGCAGCCUGACGGGCGCCGCGAAGAAGAUGUUCGCAAUUCGACGAGGACAGGGUCUGAGUCCAGAGUUUCCAUCCCCAGCCAGCCAGCGAGAACAACAAUCACCACGGAAGGGAUGCGAGAUGUUUAAUGAGAGUGGUUGGACAGAUGGGGAUUUUGUAGACUUUCAGCACCAGGCCGUCCAAACCUUACAGGGCAUCGACAUGAUCAGACCAGGCGAGAUCGGGUGGGUAACUAAUAAGGCUUGGAGCAUCAAAGCUAGUGUUCAGCUCGCUGCGAAUAACGAGGCGAGGGAGGCGAGGGAGGCCGAGGGCGACAGGUUGAAGAGGGGUUAG